AUGAGAGGGAUGGAAGAUUAUCACGUUGGACUUUAUACGAGUGCGAAAGAGAUGGAUGCUCGUGCGCACACGCAGCUACUCGGCAGUGACAAACGCGCGAGUCGACGUUCGAGCCGUUCGAGUGCGCUUUCCAGUCCGCGUUCCCGAGCCAUUAGCAGCUGGUGUGCGGUGUGGCGGCCGCUGCCACUUGUAUUACACCCAAUUUAUUCAGCUCCACUUACGUAUCCCGAAUGA